CCUCUUUCUUUAUUCAAAGUUUCCUUGUUUGAACUUCUUUCUGUUUCCCUCUCUCUUUAUAUUCAGAGUCUCUGUCUCUGUUUUGUCCAUGCAUCUGCGUGCAAAGAAAAAGAUUUUAAUGGUUUCGUGAAGAGGAAGACUGGUAUAUUGGUCUGUUUGUUUCUGGAGAAAAAUAGAAUCAGAGCUCUCUCAGUUUCUUGGGUUUCCCUUUUCUCGAAAUGGGUAAGAAAGAACAGAGUACACAGAAAGCAAACAAGAGAGUUGAAGCUGUUCUUCAGCUCCUCAGAAAACAGGGUCCUCUAUCAAUGAAACAGGAGAAGUUCUGUAACAAUGGUUGUGUGGAGCGGUUUUUGAGGGCCAAAGGGGAUAAUGUGAAGAAGGCUGCAAAGAGUUUAAGAGCUUGUCUUUCUUGGAGGGAGAGUGUUGGCACAGAGAAUUUGAUAGCAGAUGAGUUCUCCGCCGAGCUGACGGACGGUGUUGCUUAUGUCGCCGGCCACGACGAUCAGUCCCGGCCUGUUGUGAUUUUCAGGAUUAGGCAAGAUUACCAGAAAUUUCACUCACAGAAACAGUUCACCCGUUUGCUGGUUUUCACCCUGGAAGUAGCCAUUGCAACGAUGCCGAAAAAGGUCGAACAGUUUGUUCUCCUCUUCGAUGCAAGCUUGUUCAGAUCGGCGUCGGCUUUCAUGAACUUCUUGCUAUCAUCCCUAAAAGUCGUCGCCGAUUACUACCCUUCUAGACUUUUCAAGGCCUUUGUCAUCGACCCACCUUCUCUUUUCUCCUAUCUUUGGAAGGGGGUGCGUCCGUUUGUGGAGCUAUCAACGGUGACGAUGGUGGUGUCGUCGUUGGAUUUCGAAGAUUCUCUAGAAUUCGACGAUUUUACGUCGUACCCUCGAGCGGCGUCACUCCGGUUUGAUCCGUCGUCGAUAAAGUCGACGGCGAAGGUUGGGUCGUGCUCUUCCUCUCGGUUUUCUUUUACCGUAUCGCCCCACAUUGAUUCGCUGAAGCCGUGGUACCUGAGCUUAACCGACACAUCAGCAUCCAAGGUCGGACCCACCAGUCCCUCACCUCUGGGCCCCUCUCUGAUCUCCCCGCUUAAUGCGCGGUCACUGUCGUUCGCUUCGCCCAUAGCCAGGAGUACACCGAUCAGCGCGAGGAAAAGCCUCUUCCCGUCAACCCCACUGCCGCAGCGCCCCACGAAGGUCGGCGGCGCAGGAGCCAGCAAUCCGAGGACAUCGCGCCCUUCUUUCCUCCAGUCGCCGGCCUUGUUCUUCCGACGGGAGAGCCACGUCAGUAGCAAGACCCAGAAUACCCGGGAGUCGUUCUCGCCGUUUUUUAAGUUCUACAGAAGGCCCUACGACGAGAUGAUUUACAGAUCAAAGAUGCGGCCCCCACUCGGUGGUCUCAUCUCUAUCGUCAAACGCCGCCACAUGUCCGUAUCUCAACGGUUCUAAAUCACCAAGAAAAUCAAACCCCAAAAAAAGGAGGAAAAAAAAUGAAGAGAGUAAAAGAACGAGUACAUAAACUUCCAUCCCAUUAACUUGUAUUACAUGUACUGAUGAGAGAACAACUUAUUAAUUAUUACAUGGUAUUACAUUACUAGUGCUAAUAAUUGAUUGAUUAUUUG